UUAAAAAAAAAACUUUUUAUUUAAAUCAGAACAGAAAAAUUCAAACAAAUAAUUUUACUUGAGGUUCGCAUAAUUUAGAAUUUAAUUUUUAAGAAAUUUAAAAUUGGCGCCAAAAUCAAAAUAAGCGCGCAUGUCCCCAAAGUCAUUGUUACUAGAAUUAUAAGAUAAAAAACAAUAAAUCAUUAAAAAGAUAAUAAUAAUCAUAAUAAUUAAUUUAAUUAAAAACCUUCAACUGUACAUAUAAUUAAUUAUUAAUUAUGUGUGUAAUUAGUAAAUAGAUAAUUAUAAUAGUUUCCCGGUAAAAAUGAGAAAAGCUCUAAGUCACUAGACAGUUAUCCAAUCACAGUGAAGACAUUGCGCGCAUACUCGUCUUUGAUUGGUUUGUAAACAAGUCAUAUUAAUGUUACGUCCCAGCCUGCUCAUCAGAUGUCUCUGACUAUUUUUAAAUACUAAUUAUUAAGAGACCGAUCUGGGACCUAACUAAUUAACUAAGAUGUAUAUUGAUAAUUUAGCAAGUUGCAUAAUUAAUAAGUUACUCUAUAUUAUAGGAUAUAAUAUAAUGUAAUAAUAUAGCAUAACAUAAUAAUAUAAAAUAAUAUGAUAUUAUUUAGAAUAUUUGAAACAUAUUGAUAAAGUUAUUUUUCUCUUAAUAUUUGUUAUGUAUAAAUAAACGCUGACGCCUCGAGUAAAUCCUCGAGACGUGCAGCUGCACAAACAUCUAUUUUGUUCUAAGAUAACUUUUGUUCAUAGAUAAGUGACUCAUUUGUUAAUAAUAAAAACGGAGAAAGCGUGAGAACGGAGAAUGGAUCAUUCGAGAAUAUUGCUUAUCACGAUCCACCCCUCUAUAUCGAACGAUGCGCGGGCCUGAUGCCCAAGCGCCUCGUAUUGAUAAGAGACUUACUCUAGUUUUUCUCGAUCAAGAGAAUUCAGUCUGAAAUAUAGAAUCAUAGAGAGCAGUCAGGCUCAAUAUUAAAUACUAAACUUCUUUCUCACCCUUUCGAAGUUAUUGUUAGACGAACUUUAACAAUUUAUAAAUUGAUUCAAUUGUAUAUUUUCACAUUAUUGAAAUUAUUCUUUUACAAUUGAAUAAAUCGGAUUGAGAUAUAAAAUAAUAACCAGUUUAUUUCAACCACCGAAUGGUGGCUGUUCAACCCCUACUAAAUAAUUAUUUAUAAUUAUAUGUAAGUUCUCAUUACGUCCAAUUCAAAUCGACCGCUCAACCACGCCAGCGCCAAAACAUCAACCAGGACGUAACAUUAAGUAGAGAAAUUCAUAAAUCCCACAAGUAAAUCUUGGAAUUCGGUUUGCUACAGAUCGAGUUGUUCGAGCUUCAAAUGUUUAGAAAACACGAGCAUUGUUUGAGGUUUAAAACAGAGAGACAGAGAGUUUGAAAUUACACGCUUAUAUUCAUUGACUGAAUAUUUAAUUUUAUAAGUUAUAUUAGAAGUCAUUCAAUUAUUUAAUUAUUAAAUAAUUAAUAAAAAACUACAAAAUGGAUUUAAUGCGACGUAUUGAAAGUCUAACUAUAAAUGACAGGAAUCCGCCAAGCGGAGACAAUAUAAGUGGAGAAUCUUUAAAACGAUGGAUCGAAGGCUGUGAAAAACUGAAACCCGAUUCCAAAGUAAGAAAUGUCACUAAUAUUUACCGCAAUAGUGUUAAGGAAUACUCAGCCGUAUUUUUAAAAACUAAUGCGCGCGAUCAAAUCCAUUACUACAAACUUGAAAUCCGAAAACAUAAAACAGAAGACAAGUACUGGCUAUUUCGUACCUGGGGGACAGUGGUAACCGUCCAUGGGGACGAUUUGCUUCAAGAAUUGCCACGCAAAGCUUGUAUUAAAAAAUAUAAAUGGCUUGUGAAAUCACAUCAAAAAAGAGACUUUAUUACUUUGCAAAUUACGCUUCAUAAUAACGUGAAUUCAAAUAUCAGUACUUUUGAAAGUAAACUACCGAUUUCCGUUCAAAAUUUAAUGAAACUCAUUUUCAACGCCGACAAUAUUAGCAAAGUAAUGGAAGAGUAUAAUCUUAAGAAAAUAAGACCCGGCCAGUUGUCGAAUAAAAAAAUCCGAAAAGCUUAUGGCAAAUUGAAAAUGAUUACCCAGGCACUAAACACUCCGUUCAAUGACCCCGAGAGAAUUUCACUUAUAAUCAAAGGAACGAUCAGCUUCUAUGCCUGCAUUCCUCACCAAAUUAUCGUCAAUAAACUUCCCAUGUUAGACAACAAAGAAAUAAUUGCAGCAAAAUUUGAUAUGCUAGACGAAUUAUUCGAAAUUAACCUAGCCGACAAAAUUAUGAAUUUUAAAACUGGAGAACUUCGUAGUGUACUAGACAUUUAUUACGAUAAAUUGAAUACAGACAUCAGUGAACUUAACAUGAACAGUAAGGAGUUCAAAAUGAUUAAAAAAUAUAUUGAAAAUACUCAUUCGUAUGUUCAUAAUAGAUACAAGAUUAAUAUUGAGAAGGUAUUUGUUAUUAAUCGAGCAGGAGAAGCUCUGCGAUACGCUAAUCGAACGAGAGGAAUUAACAACAAAAUGCUUCUAUGGCAUGGAACUAAACUGACAAACAUCGCAAGUAUUUUACUGAAGGGCUUAAGGAUCCCGAGAAAAAAUUCUAAUUCUACUACUCACAUGUUUGGGCGAGGAAUUUAUUUCGCGGAUGUAGUUUCGAAAUCUGCGAAUUACUGUAAAGCUAAGGGACGGAAUUCAAAAGGUCUUUUGUUACUUUGUGAAGUUGCCUUGGGUAACGUGGAAGAAAAGUUUGAAGCGGACAAUAAUUUGGUUCUGCCAAAACGCAAGCAUUCAGUUUUAGCAAGAGGACGUCAUGUUCCUGAUCCCGAGGACUGUGGAGAAAUUUCUCCCGGUGUAAAGGUGCCAUUUGGUGAAAUAAAGAAGCAACAAUGCAAUGGAAUAAAACCGAGGCUUAUUCACAACGAGUACGUAGUUUACGACACUGCGCAGAUUAAAAUUAAGUACUUGGUUCAAAUAAAUUUCGAUACUGAACCUCUUCAACGUAUUUAAUUUAUUUUCAGUUCAUUUAAUUUUUUUUUAUAUGGUUUUCUAUCUUACUAUUAAUUUUAUAAAUUUUAUUAUAAAUGACGUUUAGUUUUGUUUUGCUCACAACUAUAUUUUUUUAUUUACGUAAAGACAAAAAAAUUUAAAGUAAAAAUUUACUUUAUGUUUGCAUUAAUGAUGAUAAUUUUUUGAUAACCGAAUGAUAAAUUGAGUUUUCUUAUUUUUGUUAAAAAAUUGGUACGGUAUUAAUUGUAUUAGUCUGAAACUAUCAUCGGUUAUUUAAUUUAACAAACUCACAAUUGUUGUAAGAAGCAUUUAAGUUAACAAAUUU